AUGUUCAACAACAGCUCUCUUUCAUCGCCCGUGACCAGCGUGACACAAGAAGGUGACAUCAACGGGCAUCUUUCCUGCGUCCUGCGGCACUUACAGAACAAGUCAUCCUACGACCAAGCCCAGGACGCCUGCUCCACGUACACGGACUUUGUGGAGUUAGGAACAGGACUUACUGUCGUCUUUUGGCUGACAGGACUUCAUAUCAUCAUUUCUAACGCUGCCGUACUUUGGGGAAUCGUUAGAACACCUGAGCUCCACAAACAGGUCUACAUGUUCAUGGCAAACAAUGCCGUUGCAGACAUGUUAGCAGGUAUUGGACCCAUCGUAUGGUGUCAAGCUGUAGACCGAGUAGGAUUGAGUAGCCUGUAUUUCAUGAUAAAUAUUGCGACUUUUCUCGUGUAUACUCAGAUAAUGUCUGCAUCAGCACUGUGCCUACUGUCUAUAAGCUCUUAUGUUGCUAUAAGGCAUCCUAUAUUUUUCCACACCCAUGCUCACAGUGCAAAACGCGACGCAGGGGUGGCUAUUGUUACUUCAUGGCUUGUUCUGACCCCGUUAGGUUUUCUGCCCAGCAUGGGUUUAAACUGUCUAGACAUGCCCGAUUUAAAGUGUUUCAACUACUUCCCCCUGUCGAUUGUUGCUCUUAGAGUCACCACAAUGGUCUUGCUGCUCUGUGUCAUGCUGUUCACGAAUACAAGUGUAUUCUUGGCCAUCAAAGAACGGCAAAAGAGAAGGCUUGGGCAGCCACAGGGACAAAACAACGCGUUGCAAGAUCAUCCUAACGAUGCAGCAGAAAGAAAAUACCAAAGCAGUGUGCACAAAGCCAGGACUGUUAUGAUUCAGGUAGUAGCGGCCUUUAUCUUUUGGCUGUUACCCUUUAUACUCAUCCCAGCCUGCCUAAAAACUGGGGAGAAGUGCCCGUUUCAUAACGGAAUAUCUUUGUCUGGGCCAUUGCUGAUGUCUUUAAACUCGACGAUCAAUCCAAUCGCAAGCAUCAUCCGCACACCGGACUUACGAAAGAGCCUCCGUGAAGACAUGACAACAAUCUACCAGGCACUAGUAACCAUGGUACGGGGAAACCGCGUGAACCCACAGGAGGAACAAAUUCCCCUAAAUCAGCGGGGUGGUACCGGUGCUGCUUCCGGGAGUGGACGGACCAUGCUAACAGAGCACAACGUGACUCCGUUGAACCAGGCUAGGGCAGGCAGUCUGGCUAUCAUAGAAAUUGACUGAAUUGAAACGAAACUAUUCAUGAACCUUAACACAGUAAGACGAAAUGUUGACUUCAUGUGGGAAAUA